CUGUACUUCCGGUUUGAGUUUCAAGCACAUGUUUUUUGUUUACAAAAUUAUUUUCCCUAAAAGUCUGUGAACAUGAAAUAAUUUGUAUGAACUGUUUAUGUGACAACCAUGCCAGCAAGUAAAAUAUUCACAGGAUUCAGAGCUCUAGGAUACGUUAGCAAUCAUAUCCCGCUUCAAGUUCGCCACCACAGAAAGCAUAAGGAAAACUAUGUUAUCACUUGUGUUGGGAAAUCCUUUCACACUUACAAUAGUUCUAAGUUAGGAAUUGUUAGCAUCAGUAAUACACAUCCAGAUGAUAUAUCUUGUCUAGCUGUUGAUGCUAAUUUAGUAUUUACUGGGUGUCGUAAUAAAGUUCAAGCAUUUCAGAGAGGAAAACAGGUAUUACGUACCUAUGAAGGACAUGAAUACCCAGUCCAUCUGUUGUUACCGUUUGGGAAUCACUUAAUCUCUGUAGACACAGAUAGUAAUGUUAAAGUAUGGGACAUACACUCAGAAGGAGUGUAUUUGGAUAUGAACUUUGACAACUCAGGUUUCCAGGUGACAGCUAUAAUGCAUCCACAUACCUAUCUCAAUAAAUUAGUGCUGGGAAGUAAACAAGGAUCCCUGCAGUUAUGGAAUAUUAAACAAGAUAAGAUGUUAUAUGUGUUUGAGGGAUGGAAUAGUGCAGUAACAUGUCUGGAGCAGUCUCCAGCCAUGGAUGUAAUAGCCAUAGGACUUGCUGAUGGUCAGAUUAUCAUACAUAAUCUUAAGUUUGAUGAAACUGUGAUGAAAUUUAGACAAGACUGGGGACCAGUUACUACAAUAGCUUUCAGAACAGAUGGCCACCCAAUGAUGGUGACAGGAAGUACAAUAGGCCAUAUUGCAUUAUGGGACUUAGAAUCUAAAAAAUUGAAAAGUCAAAUUAGAAAUGCACAUGAAGGAGCUGUUGUUGGUAUGCAAUGUUUACCAAAUGAACCUCUAAUGGUUACCAAUGCAGCUGACAAUUCUUUAAAGGUUUGGAUAUUUGAUCAACCAGAUGGGGGUGGAAGGUUAUUAAGACAAAGGUCAGGUCAUUCAGCUCCACCAAACAAAGUUCAACACUAUGACAACAAUGGGAAAAACAUCCUUAGUGCAGGUCAAGACAGUACUUUAAGGUCAUUUUCUGUGACCCAUGACAAACACAACAAAAGUUUAGGAAGGGCGUCAUAUGACAAGAAAGAAACUAAAAAGACAGGAUUAAAGAAAGAUAGAUAUAUGAUGCCUCCUAUCACACAGUUUUCAUCAGAUACCAGUAGACAGAGUGAUUGGGAUAACAUAGCAGCAUGUCAUCGUGGGAAAUGUUUGGUAACUACAUGGAGUUAUCAGAGGUCCACAAUGGGUUCCUUUAAACUGAAACAUCCUAGGUUUGAUGAGGAUCCAAAAUUAAAACUAGCUACAGCAUUGUGUACUGAUAUAAGUCCUUGUGGUAAUUUUGUGGUAAUUGGAUACAGCACUGGUCAUGUGGAUAACUAUAAUCUUCAGUCUGGAAUACAUAGAGGCUGUUAUGGAGAGACUAUAGCACAUAACUGCAGUGUAAGAGGUAUUGCCAUAGAUGGGUUAAGCCAAAUCACAAUUACAGCAGGUCUGGAUGGUGAAGUCAAAUUCUGGAAAUUUAAACAGAAAAAUCUGAUAGAUUCAUGUCACCUGAAAUGUUGUAUAUCUGAUAUAUUGUUACAUAGAGAAAGUUCUAUGCUGGCAGUGUCACUUGAUGACUUUAGAGUUAUGAUAAUAGAUAUAGACACACGUAAAAUCGUAAGGACAUUUCAAGGACAUCACAAUGCUGUCACAGAUAUGACCUUCAGUCCUGAUGCUAGAUGGUUGAUUACUGCUAGUAUGGAUUCUACAGUGAGAACUUGGGACCUGCCCACAGGAAAACUUAUCGACUGUUUCCUGCUCAGUUCAGCAGCGACAUCACUGAGCCUUUCACCUACAGGGGAUUUUCUAGCCACAUCACAUGUAGAUGAUAUAGGUGUUUACCUGUGGUCUAACAUGACAUUGUACACCUUUGUCGCAUUGAGACCUCUCCCGGAGGAUUACGAACCUGACACAUUAGAUCUGCCAGCUACCCAAUAUGAAAAUAAAAAAGCAGACGAAGACGAUGAAAAAGAGGAUAUGGAAAUGGAUGACUACGACCUGUCUGAAUUUAAAUCUCCAGAACAAAUAUCUGAUGAACUUAUAACAUUAUCAUUAUUACCUAAUUCAAGGUGGCAAAACCUACUCAAUUUAGACAUUAUUAAGAAAAGGAACAAACCUAAAGAAGCUCCCAGAGCCCCAAAGUCUGCACCAUUCUUUAUACCAACUAUAGCAGGACUUGAACCUAAGUUUGCCAAUAUUACAGAUGAUACAGAAAAAGAGAUAAAAUCCAGGAUAACUAUUGGUAAUCUAGAACCUCUGUCAGAGUUGGGGAAAGCAUUGACUGCUGAUGGAUUAGAUUAUGACAAAAUACUAAACAGAUUCAAGGAACUAGGACCAUCUGCUAUUGACCUUGAAAUAAGGUCAUUGUCACCAGAAGGAGGAGGAUCUAUAGAAGCCAUGGAAAGAUUCUUAAUGUUCUGUAAUCAUGUCCUUAAUUCUAAAAAUAACUUUGAAAUAAUUAAUGCAUACCUAGGACUUUUUCUUAAGGUUCAUGGUGAUACAAUAGCAAGCAACCCUACAUUGUGUUCAGUUUUAGAAACUUUAAGUUCAUGCCAUUUACAGACAUGGAGAAAUUUACAAGAUUUAUUUACACAAAACACUUGCAUGGUCAAUUAUCUCAGAACUGCUACACUUUAAAUUGUUGGAAUUUUAAUUAAAAAAUUAGAAAA